UUGCAGCGAUGGCACCUCGUCCUCUCGUCCUCUGCGGGCCUUCAGGUGCCGGAAAAUCGACUCUCCUGAAGCUCCUGCUGGACGAGUACGGUCCUCACUUCGGGUUCUCCGUGUCGCACACCACGAGGUCUCCGCGGCCCGGCGAGGAGCACGGCAAACACUACUUCUUCGUUUCCCGCGAGGAGAUGGAGAGGGCCAUCGGCGCCGGGGAGUUCAUUGAGCACGCUGUCUUCUCAGGCAACAUGUACGGCACCAGCAAGAAGGCCGUACAGGACGUGCUGGCCAGUGGUCGAAUCUGCAUCUUGGACAUUGACACACAGGGGGUCAUGCAGGUUAAGAAAACAGAUCUUAAGCCCCAUUAUGUUUUUAUCAAACCUCCUUCGCUUGAGGAUCUUGAGAAAAGAUUGCGUGCCCGUGGGACAGAGACCGAGGAGAGCCUGGCUAAGCGGCUGAACACGGCACAGCGAGAGCUAGAGUAUGGAGCAGUACCUGGCAACUUUGACAAGAUCAUCGUCAAUGAUGUGGUGGAGAAAGCAUAUAGUGAACUGAGGAAGUUCGUCCUACCAGUCAUAGAGGAAAAGAGUGACAAAUAAUGACAGUCACAUUAAAAGGACACAAUUUUCUGUUCUAUUUAUUUAGAGCUGUGGUUCAAAAAAUAAUGCAUUUGAUUAGCUCUCUAAGGAAAAAUAAUGUUUCAAAAGCUGAGGUUUUGAAUGUCCAGUCUGAAUUUUGGCCGCAUUAAGUAAAAUUUUGUGAUAUACUAUUGUGUUCUCAUUGAAAAGUACUUACUGAAAAUAAUCUUUGCCUGUGAAAAGGGUGACAAAUAGCAGGGUCAUAUCUGUAAUAAAUACAGGUAAUAUACUGAAAAGUUGGUAUGUAAGUCGGAUACAUAUGGCAUUUUAUGUAUAUGUUAGGGUUUUAGUCAGAUUUGGAGAUUAUUUUUCUUCACUUUUUUCCUUAACAUGUGUGUUUUGAUAGGUAGUAAUGAUGGGCCAAUGUCACUUCACUGCCAGUAAGUAGGAAGUGACUAUUGUUUGCACUUUGUGAUAUGCAUCUCCAGAUAGUAUCAUUAGAUUCCUUUGCAAGCAUUUUAGUUGUGUAUGCAUUCCUGGAAUGAGAUAUAAUUCAGUAGGCUUUUGACUGUGACUCUACUAAAGAUAUUUUCAUUCAGAUUCUUUUAGCAUUAAGAACUUUAAAAAAUUAUUCUGAGGUCGAUCUCAGAUAGUAGCUGUGUAAUGGACCAAACCGAGGUGUGUAUGUGCAGUACUAUCCAGGUAUGGAGUACAAUGAUGUCUACCUUUUAUGGUUGCUGUUUAAAGAGUUGCUACAGUAGGUUGUACAUUGAAAGGUGGAUAACAUAUAAGGCCAGUUAUAUUAAGCAUAAUAUAGGUUGUGAAUACUGCUGUUUUAUGCUGGUGCCUGUUCUAAGGAAUAUUGGUAUUAACUUUAUCUUACAACCCAUUAUUUAAUCAUAAAUAUGUGAAAGCCUUUAGUGCUAUUUGAAUAAAAAAAUAUUUGCUACCUCCAUAAAUAUUAAUAUUUACAAAUGAAAAAUGGGCAUUUUCAUUACCUGCCACUGCAAUAUAUUACUGAUGCAGUAUGUUAAGCUGUUUCGAAAUUUAUUGUAGACCUGUACAAGCAAUGCCCAUAGCGUGUUAAUACCAUUUGUGCCAUUACUGCAGGCCCUGUUUUGUAGGAUGUUUGUAAAAUGCACUCGAUAUUCUCUGAUGGAAAUUUUAUUUUCUUAUAUUUUGGUGGUUUCUCACAUUAACUUGCAUAUUGGUUCUUCAGUUAAGUUGCAUUCAUUGUAGUAUUGUGACCAAAUUUUAACUGAACUCAUGAAUUUUAAUAUCCAUCACGAUAGAAUUCACCAUUUAAAAUGUCAUUAAUUGAUGUAAAACCCAUGUCAAAAUGGGAGGAAAAAAUAAAAUGCAUAGAGAUGAAGUACUCUGGCCAUUUUCUUUGUUUCUUUUGAUUCUUGCUUGCUUUUUUCUUUGAGAAAUUGUAUUUUUUUAGAUUUGCAAAAUUUACUACAAUACCGAUAUAAAAUAAAAGAACUGUUCAUCCUGACUCGCUGUUUUAUGUAGAAUUGAUUUGACAGUAGACAGUUUUAAGAAAAAAAGUUCUAUAAAAAUAAAUGCUUCAAAAGAUUA